CUUCAAAUGAAAGUCAAUGGUUGUCAUCAUAAUCACUAACCAUGAAGAUUAUGAACUGUGGUUCUGCCCUGGCCGUGAGGAAGCUUUAAGAGCACUCCAAGGCUGCGAGUAUCCAUAUGACAUAAUAAUGACCAACCUUCAAAAUACCUGCAAUAGAUCGAACUCAAGAAUUUUCACAGCAUUCCCUGCCUUACCUGGAUUGUUUGGGAAAGACCUAAACUUAGAUGCACAGGGACAUUUCAUGUUAAAGCCCAGAAACUCAACUAGAAGCCAGCAGCAAAAUGCAGAGGAAAGAUUGCAUAAGACACAAAGACGGUUUUGACAUCUUGCUUCAAAUGUGGCUCUAUGCCCCACCAGAAUGAAGUUUGCACUGUUCCAACUAUUGAAAAAGGAAAACUCUUUGGGCAAGAGCUUAGUUCCAUUUGUGUGAAGGGAAAAUGGCCCACAGUAAUUCUGGACAUCCUGUCCCUGAUAAGAGAAAAAGGCCCAAAAACACAGGGAAUAUUUAUGGCAUGUCCUAAUGGAACAUCAUGGAAUUCCCUGAAAGAAAAA